UGCCGACCAGCCAGGAGAGUCUGCUGCGCAAUUGGUUGCAUCCGGCUUCCAAAAAUGUCGUGCAGGAAUUAUCCGAUCCGGACCGCGGCCAAACCACCGAGGAUAGCCUGUUGUUUGUUCCCCAGCUUUCCCAUUUGCAUCGACGGCAGGUUUCUUGACUUUGCUUUCAUCCCACCAUAGACUUGAAUUAUGGCCUCGCUUGUAAAGUCCACAGAAGUCCCGCUCGAGAAACUCAAAUGGGUCCUAGAGCCCAGCGCCACGGAGGCGAAUACAUUCUAUGUUCACCCAAAGGCGGGCGGUAUGGUGCUGGUUCAGAUCGCAUACUCAACAAUGAGCUGGAGCCCAUCUGUUCAGGUUUCCGCAGCAUAUCAUGGAGCAGACGGCUCCAAGAAGCGGCACACCGCGUCACUCUCUGGCAGCUCGUUCAGACCAGCGGAGGAUGGUAUAUCUGUCACUUGCGAGAACAUGUCUGUGCAGUUUGAUGCUUCAAAAAAGAGUUAUCAUGUUACACUGAACGCGGCCCCCGCGAUGGUGAUCGAUUUCAACUUUGAGGCUGUUGACGGCUUCUGUCAAGUAAACGAAGGGAAAGUUCCAUUCAACCACACGGACAUAUCAGUGGGUUAUGUUUCCGCGCAGUUCAUUCCCAAGGGAAGAGUCACCGGGAAUGUUAUUGUUGACGGUAAACUGCACGAUAUCGAGGGGACUGGAUUGUAUGUAAAGGCUCUGCAAAGCAAACCGCAAUGCGCUGCACGGUGGAGUUUUGCCAACUUUCAAACUGAGAAGGAUGCGUUGUUGAUGUAUCAGUACGAACUGUGUCGUGGUUAUGGUUACGACUUUGAUGCUCGUAGCGAGGGAGCAUUGGUCUUGGACAAUAAAAUUGUCGCGGUGACACUCAACAAUUUUGCGACGCUACUUAAUAAAUCCUACGACAGCUUCAGCGGUUAUGAAGUUCCCUCCGAAGUAUCCUACCGCUGGGAGGGCGAGGCGAAGGACGGCCGUCCUGUCAAAAUCGAGAUGAAGGUGGCUCUUACUCACCUUUUGGAUAAGAUUGACUUGCUCAGCGAGCUCCCGUUCUUUGUUCGCAAGUUUAUCCAGACUUGCAUUACCGCACCAUUUGUCUACCAGUGGUUUGAGGAUGCGAGUGCUUCUGUAACCAUUGGAGAAGAAACUCACAUUUUGAAGGGAAAAUUGUUCCACGAGAACGCAUUCCUGGCCGCUUUAGAGGAUUAGAUGGCAGAGGCUAGGUAGACAUGUUUGACUUUCAUUGUAUUAAUUUGAUGUGGACUGGAUUCUGUUACCCUUCAGAGCUCUGGUUUUACAUGAUAUUUUUUAUAUACACAUACUUUCACAUACCCUAACUGACAAAUUUCGGCCGUCUCUGCACCGAUAUUUGGACAAGG